AUCAGACGUUAUUGCGUGUGACGUAGCUGUUGUAUACGUGCCAGGCUGCAUGGGACAUGUUCCUGUAGUCCUGCUGUUUUGUCGUGUAAUUUCUCCAACUUCUGUGUCAACUCAUAUUGAAAUAUUUCCAGACUUUGUGUGUAUUUCUCGGCUUCAUUGGGUCUGUGGUGAGAAUAAAUUUAAUUACUUACAAUAAAAGAAAGCUGAGGACAUAUUAUGAACCUGCUAUCUACUUUUAGCCGCCAACGGAGCCUGUUAAGCUAGCUCUAAACAGACAGAUACGGUCAGUUGGGUAACUGUCUAAACAGCAGGCUGUUGGUGUUGUUUACUUCUCCGCUGUGGAGACACUCAGCUCGGACAGAAGUUAUAAUAAAGUUCGAAUUGGUUGACCAAGCAGGAAGGAAGGGAGAGAAGAUCCUUGUGACCGUCCUUGGCAGCAGGGUCUGACUUCUGGACUGGACAACCCCCACCUGUCCGGGAAUGUCCCCUGCUUAAAGGCGGCGCUGACUCCUGUUUGGCUUCUGUUGUCGGGUUUCGUGAUCGUGUUGGUUUGGAGGAAUGGCUCGCUGCUCGGUGGUCAACGUGUUUUGUCUCGGGAGUCGAGCUGUCUGUUUCGGGCACCCUCUUCGCCCUCUGCACACCUCGGUUUGCACCGCCUCAUUGAAACCGAAAUCUGGCUUCAAACCUGAGAAAGUGGCGGUGGUUACAAAGACGACCAGAUAUGAGUUUGAACAGCAGCGUUAUCGGUAUGCAGGCCUGUCAGAGGAGGACCUGAAGCAGCUGCUUGCCAUGAAGGGCUCCAGCUACAGCGGCCUGUUGGAGAGACACAACAUUCACACCAACAACGUGGAGCAUAUUGUUAAGAGCCUGCAGAGAGAAGGCAUCGAGGUGAAAGUGGUGAAAAGAGGGGAAUACAAUGAUGAGGUGGUGCGAUGGGCAGACGCCAUCAUCUCUGCUGGAGGUGAUGGAACAAUGCUUCUUGUUGCCAGUAAGGUUUUAAGCAAGGAUAAACCAGUUGUCGGCGUAAAUACAGACCCUGAGAGGUCAGAAGGGCACCUAUGCCUGCCUGUGCGGUACACUCGUGCCUUCCCAGAGGCGUUGAACAAACUCUGCUGUGGUGAGUUCAGGUGGCUGUGGCGUCAGAGGAUCCGUCUCCAUUUGGAGGGAACGGGCAUCAAUCCCACCCCGGUGGACCUUCAUGAGCAGCAGCUGAGCCUGGAGCAGCACAGUCAGGCUCACCGGAUCACCACCAUGGACAGCCAGCAGAGGACAGGAGUGUUUCAUCAGAGCUCCAAGCCCAGCCUCCUCCCUGUACGAAGUCUCAAUGAAAUCUUCAUCGGAGAAUCUCUGUCCUCCAGGGUGAAGUUAAAAUCCUUCAAACCCCAUGUUAACCUCUUGCUCCAUAGGGCCUCCUACUAUGAGAUCUCAGUUGAUGAUGGUCCGUGGGAAAAACAGAAGAGUUCAGGACUCAGCAUCUGCACGGGAACCGGAUCCAAAGCCUGGUCGUACAACAUCAACAAGCUAGCUGAGCAGCCCGUGGAGGAGCUUCUAAAGAUUGGAAAGUCUCAGGCUGGUCUGGAUUUCCCUCUAAAUAAAGAACUUAUAGAAAAGGUGACUGAAGAGUACAACAAGUCUCUGGUGUUCAGUCCGGACGACAGCCGUCUAUUCUACAGCGUCAGGGAACCCAUCGUCAACCGAGUGUUCUCCAGCAGCCGUCAGAGAGGCUUCGCCAGCAGGGUGUGUGUUCGAUCUCGGUGUUGGGACGCCUGCAUGGUGGUGGACGGCGGGACGUCCUUCGAGUUCAAUGAUGGAGCCAUUGCUACGAUCAGCAUGAGUGAUGAGGACCAGCUGAGAACGGUCAUUCUGGACAACUGAGACCAGUUGGGAGCACACUGCACCUUACUGGUUCCUGUUUCUAGAUUAAACUGGUUUUCAUUUUUCUGCCUGAUAAAAAAAAGUUAUCAGUGUUUUUUUUUUUCUUUUCUUUGAGUAACUUUGUGAGUUUACACAAAUUCUUUAUUUCUCUUUGCCUCUCCUCAUCACUGUCCCGGCUGAGGCAGCUGGAUACUGAGCCAGACAACGAUGAACUGCACUACACAGCAAAGGCUCAGGCACCAUCUGAACUCAUUUGGCUCAGAGUUCUGUUACAUAUACUGCAGCCUGGAGGAGGAGGAUGGUGAUGAAGUACGUCUGUUUGGGAGUCUGAAAGUUCCUCCUCAGAUCUUUCUGAGGAUCUCCAGACAGAACCAGGACCAUGAAACAUUUCUUUCUACUCAGGAGAUGCUGCUGAAUCAGAAUGACCCCAGAGAUCUAGAUUUAUUCUAGAUCUGAAUGGUUCACCUGACUCCAUCACAGCUCAGAAUUGUGCCUGGAAAACAGCAGCUUCCACCGGUUCCUGUUGGAUGGAGUAUUUAUUGAAACCAUCUUCUGGUGGAUGAAGUGCAUCUAAGUGGCAGCAGGUCUGAGUAGGAAGGAUUAAAUGAGCGAAACCAUGUGUUUAUAGUGAUGAAGAGGCAGUCUGUGUGUUUUAGACAGCAGCAGAGCUCAGGUUUAAUCCUCUCCGUUCAUUAUUUAUUCCAUCUGGACAGAAAAGACCUCCGUCAGCGGAAAGCACAGCAACAUGAUUAUUAAUCUGUGUGAAUUCUACAGGAACUACAUGCAAAGUCAGAAGCUGAAGUUCCAAAGUUUUUUGUUUCUGCUGUGUAAAAUGUGCAUGAGGUGGAGCUGCCAGUAAAAAAGCACUAAAGUUCAGAUUAAAGCUGAAGUUCAGAAGCUCGGCUGAAGAAAAAACUACUGCUUUAGCCUGCAGCUCCAGGUUGUCAUGAAAGCUUUGAUGGUGAAUUUUUCCAGUAUGGACUCAGGAGAUGAACUGAUAAACCAAUCAGAAACUGAUGUGCCAAAGUUCCUCCAGGAAGCACUGCCACCAUGUUCCAGUGUAUGUUUUAUAACUGGAUAAAGUGGGAUAAAUCA